AUUACUGGACAAUACAUGGACUAUGGCCUGACAAAGUGGAAGAUUGUAAUUCAUCGUGGCACUUUCAUUUAGAUGAGAUUAAGGAUCUUUUCCAGGAUAUGAAUCGGUACUGGCCUGAUAUAAAGCACCCACUGAAUGGCAGCAGGUUUUGGAGGCAUGAGUGGGAAAAGCAUGGCACCUGUGCUGCCCAGCUGGAUGCCCUGGAUUCUGAGAAGAAGUACUUUGGGAAGAGCCUGGUGCUGUACAAGCAGAUUGACCUCACCAGUGUGCUCCAAAAAUUUGGGAUUGAACCAUCUAUCAAUUACUAUCAUAUUUCAGACUUUAAAGAUGCCCUUACCAGAAUCUAUGGAGUCGUCCCUAAGAUCCAGUGCCUUCCAUCCACACAGGGUGAGGAGGUGCAAACAAUUAGCCAGAUAGAGUUGUGCUUCACUAAGGAGGACUUCCAUUUGCGGAACUGCACAGAGCCUGGGGAACUGCUGUCACCUAAGCAGGAGGUGUGGCUGACCAAGGUGGCUGCCACACAGUCAAUGGUGGUCUGUGAAGAUGGCCCAGUCUUCUACCCUCCACCUAAAAAGACCAAGUAUUGAUGUUUAAAUUUUGGAAAUAGUCUGUGUUCUACAAGUAAGAGGAAUUCAUAAAUCAGGUGCUUUUUCAAAACUGAAUCCAGAGCCUUUAAAAAAUGUGUUUUGCUUUUCUCUUCAGUGUCUAUUUUGUCCCCAUCUAGUUAGUGAGUGUUCCUCUGGUAGCACUUCCUGUAAAUGUACUACCUGCAGAUUAGUUUGUAUCAGGCCUCACACUUCCUAUCAGAACAUACCUAGAUUUAAGCCACUGCUAAGUAUAGAGAAAUUUAAAUACAGCCCCAGGCAGCGCUCCACCCUCAGGUAAUAUGUUCUAGAACCUUGAGAUACAUCUUCCUUCUUGAGGAGUACAUGGCUUUGUCUGGGCCACUGGGUCUGAAUUAGCCUUCCUGGCUGGAUCACCCAUGACAUGAGGCAGUGGUGGUCUAAGAUGGGGUGGGGGAAACUGUAUGAGCUUUAUUGCCUUUCCCCAUGUGCUGUAUAUGGUCUCUGCUCUUUUUGAGUAUUUUUUUUUGUUUAUCUUAAUCAGGUUAAUUAUUUUAUCUAACAGACAUAAUAUUAUUACAUUAAGCAUUUUAAACUAUUUAACCCCCAGAACAACCAUGUUUUUAAAAAUAAUCAGCUUUUCUGGGUGUGGUGGCU